UCCUGCUGUAGCCAACCUAGGUGCAGGCCAUGGAGCCUGGUGGUGGGUGAGGCAGCCAGGUGGGCAGGCAUGUUGGGAGGCCUAGGAUCUGGAGGGACCCAGGGCAUGGCGGGAUCCCUGCGGGGCCGGGUGGAGGAGCUGAAGCGGCCGUGGUGGCGGGAGAGCUCACCCCUGGUGCUGCAACACAGUGAAGCAGCCCGGCUGGCAGCUGACGCCCUCUUGGAGCGGGGUGAGGCUGCCUACCUACGGGUCAUCUCUGAAGAGCGGGAACUGCCCUUCCUGAGUGCCCUGGACAUGGACUACAUGACCAACCAUGUGCGUGGGGGUCCUGAGUUCAGCGAGACUCAGGGGCCCGAGGCCUCAGGACCCGACCGACUCAGCAUGCUCUCUGAAGUCACCUCUGGCACUUACUUCCCCAUGGCCUCUGACAUAGACCCCCCAGACCUGGAUCUGGGCUGGCCCGAGGUUCCACAGGCCACGGGCUUCAGCCCCACCCAGGCUGUGGUCCACUUCCAGAGAGACAAGGCCAAGAACAUCAAGGACUUGCUUCGGUUCCUCUUCAGCCAGGCCCGCACGGUGGUAGCUGUGGUGAUGGACAUAUUUACUGAUAUGGAACUUCUGUGUGACCUCAUGGAGGUCUCUAGCCGGCGCGGUGUCCCUGUUUACCUGCUCCUGGCCCAGGAGCACCUGAGGCACUUCCUGGAGAUGUGUUACAAGAUGGACCUCAAUGGGGGGCACCUGCCGAAAAUGCGUGUGCGGAGUACCUGUGGGGACACAUACUGCAGCAAGGCAGGCCGUCGCUUCACGGGGCAGGCCCUGGAGAAGUUUGUCAUCAUCGACUGUGAGCAGGUGGUGGUGGGCAGCUACAGCUUCACCUGGCUCUGCAGUCAGGCCCACACCAGCAUGGUGCUACAGCUGAGGGGCCGCAUCGUGGAAGACUUUGAUCGGGAGUUCCGCUGCCUGUAUGCCGAGUCACGGCCUGUGGAGGGCUUCUGCGGUGGUGAGGAUCCACUGUCUCCCCGGGCACCGCAUCCUCCCCCAGUGGUCCUGGCCUUUGGGCCUGGCAUCCCAAGCCCUACCUGCUCCUCGCCCACCAGCACCAGUCUCAGCAGCAUCAAGCGCUCACCUCUCAUGGGCCGUUCCUCCUACCUUGCUCUACCAGGAGGUGGUGGCUGUAGUGAUAUGGGCAUGGGAUCCUCAUCCCCAAGUCUUGCCUGCCGUGAAGCCAAUGGUCAACCCUCUCUGCAUCGCCAGCUGUCAGACCCUAACCAUGGCUGCCUUCCGGGGUCCUACAGGGUCAACCUGGGCAAGAUGGGGGCGGCCCCAUGGUCCCAAUCUUCCCCUGCCCUCAACCACAGUAGCACUGGCCCCUUGACUCCGACAGUGGGGUCACCCCUGCUCCCCUGUCCCCGCCCCCUCCUGCACUUCCCCCGAGGGGUCCGAGCCCUGUCCCGGCUCCCAGAAAAUGGGCUCCCAGGAUGCCUAGAACCCAACCCUCCACGAGGUCGCUGGGUGCCUGGCAUGGCCCUGGAGACAGUGGAGGAGAAGAAGCCAUCAUUGAGUCAGAGCCAUGACCAGCUGGACCUCCUUGUCCCCUUCCCUAAAGCCCGAGAAGCAGAAGGCCCUGACUCUAGGGUUACACCCAACUCAGGCUCCCUUCGGCCAGGAGAACAGGCCCCAGAGGACAGGAGGUUGUCCCUCAGCAAGAGCUAUAGCCAGUUGGAUCUUCUGCCCCAGACCCAGAGUGCUGAGGGGGCCUCUGAGUCGGGUUCCCUCAGACCUAGUGAUCUAGCCUCAGAGGACAGGAAGCUAUCCCUAAACCACAGCAGUGGCCAUCUGGACCUUCUGGUACAGCACCCUAAGGCCCAAGGCUCCAGAGUACCCCCUGAAAUCAACACCUCGGCCAGGCCUGGCAAGCAGGGUCUAGAUGAGCGACGGCAGACCCUGGGUCACAGUCAGCUGGACCUUAUCACCAAGUUUGGUCCAUUCCGAAAUGAGGGGCCUGGGCCCAACAUCCUCCCAGGACCAAGCUCUUCUUGCAUGGUUGGAGUGGGCUCUGGGGAUGAGAAGCGGCUGACUCUGGGCCACAGCAAUCUGGACCUUAUCACCAAAUAUCAUCAACUGCAGGGUGCCAGGCAGGGACCUGAGCCUGGCCUCCCUGGGGGCCCCAUAGGUGGCCAUCACAAUAGUAGUAGUAAUGACCUGUUUGGGGAAGAGAAACGGCUGACUCUGGGCCACAGCAAACUAGACCUCAUCACUAAGUAUAACAAGUCCAAGUUCAAGCUGCUUCGCAGUCGCUUUGAAUCCUAGCUCUGCACCCAGCAGGGAUAGAUCCUUCUUCUAUCCACUGAGUCUGGACUUGCUCAAUCUCAAACCCUGGGCCAAAAAGCAAAGCCAGAGCUGAGGGGAGGGUAGGGCCAGGUCAGAAACUCUCUGGGUUCAAGAUUCUAGCAUGUACUUGUGCAUGCAAGCACGCGCGCACGUGCACACACACACACACACACACACACACACAAAUGGAACCCAGGGUUGCUUACUGUUUGCCAGAGUGCUGGGCACUUCAUACUAGUUAUUCUUCUUGUCCUUCAUCCUCACAACCUCCUUACAAGAUGGACCCCUUGUUGUUAUAUAGUUAUAGAAUAAUAGGUAUUAUUCCCCCUGUUUAUAAAUGUGGGAGCUGAGGGCCAAGUUUUGGAAGAUUUAUUUGGGGACAGGUCCAAGUAAAUGGCAGAAUAGGGUCCUCUGCCAGAUCUGAUUCUCUGGGUCUAAAGAUUCUAUUUUCUUCUCGUACGUGACAUACAAUUCACAUGUCUCCAUGCACACAAAAUGCAAACGCUACAGAGUUGCUUCAAGUGCCCAUACGAUAUACACAGCACACAGGGUACACACCUGCAAACUGUACACCCAUAGAUGCAUAAAGUAAGUACACAUAGUCCAUGUGAUAAACCCACUCAGAACUUUAGUUGGGGGUAUUCAAUAAAUGUCACCUGACUAAAUGAAUGGCUACACAAAAAUAUAUACAUUCAGUGCACACUGUAGAACUCCUCAGGAUCCCCAAACUAUAAAUAUGCACACAACCAAAAACACAGAUGCACACACACACACACACACACACACCCCAAUUAGUAUCUGCUUGCACCUAAGCUAUAUCCCCAGUCCUGUGUUGGACAUGCCAUAGGGCUGAUGGAUAAAUCAGACUCGGACCCUGGGGGAUAAGGAUUAAAUGCAGAAACCACUGGAUAACAAGACAGGGCUGAACUGAACAAAAGCAUAAUUAGCAAUAGAGUGAAAGGACAUGGAGUUUCUUAGAGCAGGUAGCCUUUGAGCCAGGCCUUGAAGGAUGGGGAAGUUUGGGACAGAGAGGAAUUCUUGGUAGAGUGAGCCAGGUGAAGAGAGGCCCAAGAGAGGACUGAGUUAGUGGGUCUGAGGUGAACUGGAAAGGACAAGUAGAGCAUGUGGAUACACACGCCAUCUUGCUGAGUGUCUCUUGAAGUACAGGUUGUGACAGGUUGUAGGCAUUUUUCCUGAGCUCACCACCUGCCUGGGACAGUGUAUGUGAUACAAAUCAAUAAAGACAGAUAUGGCUAGACCCAGCAGCAGCCUGGAGUAUCCUGAGGAAUGUCAAGCUAUAGAACUGCAGGUUGGGGAUGGGAAAGGGCACACCAUUCACGAGGCUUAUGGGGGUGGCCCUGGAGGAAACCAGAUGGACCCGUGAAGUCUUGAGGAGAGGGGUUCUAAGCCAAGCCUUCAAGGUAACUUUCUAAGAAAUUCUGAAGCAUUUCUGGAUUCUGCAAAAUGUGAGCCAAGUUCAUUCUGUCUAUGAGAAUAGGGCCCUUGUCUGACCACUAUCCCAGGAACAGGUGGCUGCUGAGAAACAGAGGACAUGUGAGAGGCACUUUGCUGAAGCCAGUCAGCCCCCACAUGGGUUGCCCACCCUGGACCUCUUCCCCUCUAACCUCUGCCUAAGAUCCAGCUUCAUCCAUCCUCCCUUCUCUCCAAUACCUCCUUCAGCCCGUUUUCUCUGCUUCUCUGGCCACGACUCCUUCUCUAGACUCUUUAUCUUGGUCUCACUUCUCCCUACUGGAUACCCUCUCCUGGGUGACUUCAUCUACUCUAGGCUUCAGCCCCAAAUCUCAUUCAUCAGUCUCUCACUCUCGCCUAAGCUCCGAAUCCGGAUUUCUGCCCACAUGGCCGAGCUAGAUUCAUCACCUUUCCCAAACCUGCCCUUCCUCCUCUGGCUUCAUUUCAGCAAAUACCCCUAUCAUCAAUCUAUCCUCUGGGGUUGAGGAAUUAGCUCAGUGAUGCAGCACUUGCCCAGCAUGUGCGAGGCGCUGGGUUCAAUUCUCAGUACUGCAUACGAACGAAAAAUGCCCAGACAUCUCUGGC